AAAGUUGUGGAUUACGAGGGGACAGUGAAGGUAGCACCCGCUUUCAGCUUGUGAUCGAGGUGCCUUCUAUGUCCAGACAUAAUGUAACUACUUCAGUGUUUGGAGCCUUUUAUUCCACUAUGCAGACUCUGGUUCGGAUGUUGGAUUGGACACACAGCACCAACACAAAAGCUGAGUGAACGGCGGCUUUUACAUGUUCUCUUAUUAACCCAGAGGGAGCUCCUAACGCUUCUGUGCUACUCUUUUAGCAUCUUAGCAGCUACAUCUAUUUGAAGACAUCACUGAGACCUACCAGUAAAAAAAACUAUACCGUCUAUGUUGUUAAAGAGAACUGCGAAAUGACCUCAGCUUCAACUAAGGUUGGGGAGAUCUUCUCAGCAGCUGGAGCUGCAUUCACCAAACUUGGAGAGCUUACUAUGCAGCUUCAUCCAGUGGCAGAGUCCAGUUCUGCAGGAGGUCAGACAAAGAGCACUGUGAAGAGGAAGCUGUAUGAGGAGGGUUCCCUACCUGCCUCCUCUGAUGGACCUAAAAAGGUCGUCAAGAAGGCGACUACGGCCGUUGCCAUGGCAUCGCAAGCUACUCCGACUGGGAUCUCUGUGUCCACGGCUCAGGUAGUCAUCGCAUCCGGGCUCCAAGGUCCAGGUUCUGGCCAGGCCCCUUUGAAGAAGCAGAAGGCUGCAGAUGUGACACUCAGUGCCCUGAAUGACUCCGAUGUCAACAGUGACCUGGUGGACAUCGAGGGACUCGGUGAGGGAUCCAACUCCAAAAAACUCAACUUUGACCAAGAUAACCUGAACCUGGACUCCAGUCUCAUCAUGAACCCUGGUGACCUUCCUCUGCUUUCCCGUUGACUUCCACAACCACAGGAUUUCAUACACUAGAGACAAAACCACACAAAAUAAGACCCACGGUGGCACUGGUGGACACUGACAUGUGCUUGGUAGUAAAGACCAUAAAGUUCCAAAGCUAAUGAAGAAACUGCUCCAAGAAUCAAUGUUUGUGUGUUUUGUGCCUUUUUUUUUUUAACUGAGAAACCAG